GGCAGCUGCACGCGGGAGCCGCUCAGUCCGGAUCCCCUGCCGGAAUCCGCCUUGCAGAAGCCCACCGUCUUCCUCGCCGUCCUCGCCAGGAACGCUGCCCACUCCCUGCCCCAUUUCCUCGGCUGCGUGGAGAGGCUGCGGUACCCCAAGAACAGGAUCGCCCUAUGGGUAGCUACUGACCACAAUGUUGACAACACAACAGAAAUCCUGAGGGAGUGGCUGAAGAAUGUACAGAAACUGUAUCACUAUGUGGAGUGGAGGCCCAUGGGUGACCCUCAGUCCUACCCGGAGGAAAUUGGGCCCAAACACUGGCCAAACUCCAGGUUUACCCAUGUGAUGAAACUGAGGCAGACUGCUCUGAGAACUGCCAAGGAAAAGUGGUCUGAUUACAUCAUGUUCAUAGAUGCUGAUAAUUUUCUGACAAACCCAGAAGUUCUGAAUCUCAUGAUAGCAGAAAACAAGACCAUUGUGGCGCCCAUGCUUGAAUCUCGUGCUCUCUACUCUAACUUCUGGUGUGGAAUGACGCCUCAGGGCUACUACAAGAGAACACCAGAUUAUGCCCUGAUCAGGGAGUGGAAGAGGACGGGUUGCUUUGCGGUCCCAAUGGUUCACUCCACAUUCCUGAUUGACCUGAGAAAAGAGGCAUCGGAUAAACUGGUGUUUUAUCCCCCACAUCAGGAUUACACCUGGACCUUUGAUGACAUCAUUGUCUUUGCCUUCUCAAGUCGACAAGCAGACAUUCAGAUGUACAUCUGCAACAGAGAACACUAUGGCUUCCUGCCUGUGCCCUUGAAACCUCACCAGACACUGGAGGAAGAGGCUGACAGUGUUGUUCAUGUUCUGACUGAGGCAAUGAUUGACCGUCCUCCAGUUGAGCCUUCGGAGUAUGUCACAGUUCCUCCAAAGCACCCAGACAAGAUGGGAUUUGAUGAGAUUUUUAUGAUCAACCUCAAGCGCCGGAAAGACAGGCGGGACAGAAUGCUGCGAACUUUGUACGAGCAGGAAAUUGCAGUCAAACUAGUGGAAGCUGUGGAUGGAAAAGCAUUGAAUGCAACCCAGCUGAAAGCUCUCAACAUAGACAUGCUUCCAGGCUACCAGGAUCCUUACUCCUCAAGGGUGCUGACUAGAGGAGAGAUUGGCUGUUUUCUUAGCCACUACUAUAUCUGGAAGGAGGUGGAAGACAAGGAGCUGGAUAAAAUCCUGGUCAUUGAAGAUGACGUGCGCUUUGAGCACCAGUUCAAGAAGAAGCUCACAAAGUUAAUGGAUGAUAUUGAAAGAGCCCAGCUUGACUGGGAGCUCAUAUACGUUGGCCGGAAACGGAUGCAGGUGGAGCGUCCAGAAAAGGCUGUUCCCAAUGUCAUGAACCUUGUGGAAGCUGAUUACUCUUAUUGGACGCUGGGCUAUGCCAUCUCCUUGCAAGGAGCUCGGAAGCUGAUAGGAGCCGAACCUUUCAGCAAGAUGUUGCCUGUUGAUGAAUUCCUGCCAAUCAUGUACAACAAGCACCCAGUUGCCAAGUACAUGGAAUACUUUGAACCUAGAGACUUGAAAGCCUUCUCUGCAGAGCCUCUGCUGAUCUAUCCAACACAUUACACUGGGCAGCCAGGAUACCUUAGCGACACAGAGACAUCCACAAUCUGGGACAAUGAGACCGUAGCCACUGACUGGGACAGAACACUCUCUCGGAAAUCCCGGCAGCAGGGCCAGAUCCACACAGAUGCCCAGAACAAGGAUGCUCUGCCACCUCAGCCCUCUCUUGAUGCAGCAUCUGCAAGGGAUGAGCUAUGACUGUUCACUUGGCCAAGGAACCCCUGACAACAUUGGCAACAGCUGGACUUGCCUCAUGCACCAUCUCUUGACCUGGAACCUUUCAGAGAUAUUAAUGUUUUGUCUAAACUGGCAGAUGCAGUCAUUUUGAGCUGACUGGCUUUAACUGAACAAGAGUCUCUUGUUUUGCAGGAGGAGUGGCUGAGCCUGACUGAGUCAGGUUGGCAGACUUCUGAGAAAUACUGUAUAGACAGUAGGCCAUUUUUCCCAUGUAUGGGUUUGUACCAUGGGACCCUCUGUUGAGCUUCUGAAGGACUCUAGAGGGCAGCAAGUUUACACUCUGAAAGGACAAAGCUUUCAUAAACAAUGUCUUUCUACACUUUGUGUAGAAUUACUGUAUUUAUAAAGAUUAAUAUAUACAGAGGAGAGGGUUACAGGCCCUUCCAUGUUAAUUACUGCAUUGCUGCUGGGCUUUGUCAACCAUGUUCUCUGAGAGAAAUCAUGUAGGGAGGGGGAGACUGUCAAAGAGUUACUGCCAAAAAUUAUCCCGUGUCUUUAUCUAUCUGAAUUCCAAGUGGAACUUUAUUUUGUCUAUUGUGAGUCCUCAAAGGUGCAAAUAACUUGUUUUUAUUUAUAGAUACAAGGACUGGUGGUGGUGGUUACAACGAAUUUCUACAGCAACUUCCAACCUGCAGAAUUAUUUGUAGUCCUUGAUCUACAAAGUCUUCCUCACCACAGCCUCAUGGGAGCGAAGAUGUUAAAUGCUAGAUCACACAGCUUCAGCAAUCAGUGUCAGUGGGUGGUUUCCUUGUGUAAGUGAGCCUUUAUAGAUUAAAUCCUACAGGGAAAAUCUAAAUCCUACAGAGAGAAUUUAAAUAUCGCCUCGCACAUGAUGAUUGUUCACAUUCAGGUCACACAUUCAGCAGCAGCAUAAGAAAUCCCCUGCUGGCAUAUGUAAGUGUCUUUCUGACUUCCGCUGCAUUGUGACCCAGCAGGAAUUUGAACCCAGAUCUCUUCAGAUCCAUGCUGAGCACUUGUAUAUAAAUGAGGCAAUCUCAGCUCUGGUUAAGAUCCUGUGGUAUUCCCUUCACAACUUACAGCAAUUGUCUCUGGCCUCCCAAAUAUUGCAACCUCCAGCUUUGGACACAGAUGCCUUUUUAAAAACUGAAAUAUUGUCUGGAAUAAUUGUCAAACAGUUGGUCAUCGGAACAGAACCCUGCCUCUCCCAUUUUAUAUAGCUAGAAGGGUGAAUGGUGAAUGUAAACUGAGAUGACUAUAACACAAUGUCUUGGGUUGGUUUUUUUUGAGAGUGAGCAGUCUUAAACAUCUCUUGACUGCUAAUUCAUUUUAAAAAUAGACAGCCAUUUGUUUCAAAGACAACACAUGAGGACUCCCUUUCAACAUUGUAACAAAGAGAAAUCUUUGGUUGUAUCAAGCUUGCUGAUCUCUUGUUUUGUUAAGAUGGUUUAAACUGUUUGCAUACUGAAUUCUUGUCUUUGUCGCCCCCAUCAUGAAAAUCACGCUUGUCCAUUUUGGGAUGAGCUGAUACCCUCCCUGCUGGACAGUGUCUCAACACGCUAACACCACAUCUUUAUAAAUGCACCAGAAGUCAAGUGGUCAUUUAAUCUUGUAAUGUAGACUUCAGAGUUUGAAGGGAAAAUCAUUACUGAAACAAAACUUUUAAAAUAAAAAACUAAGGGAAGAAACUAUAUGUGCUUAACCUGCUGUAGAUGCAAUACACAGGAAUUGUUGUUCUUAGAUGGAAUAACUGUAGUAUCCUGUUACACUCUUUCCUAAAGGGGAUAAUGUUGCCUGCUUAUCAGCUGGUCUGAUAAUAUAUAGCAAGUCAAUUUG